AUGAACAACCUUUGCGGCAGUUACCUUCGUGUUGCGUAUAAUCGUGACGACUACUCAUGGACCAGCCAAGUCUCAGGACAUCGGUAUAAUGUCGCUGUCCUCUAUCUGAUCAUCACGUCGCAUCCAGCGGUAGGAUUGUGA